UCUCUCUCUUUAUCUCUAUCUCUAUCUCUCUUCACUCUCUCUGAGACUGUUGCAGCUUCAGAACGAGGCCACCUCAGGUUUCACCGGAAAUCUUAAGGCUUUCGACUCACAUUCGAGACCUGUUUGCAUUUCAUUUCAUGUUUCGUGAUACGCAUCUGAAUUCAAAAGCUUAUAGAAAAGGAAAUAUUUGUUGAUAUUUUUCCUUCAAUAAUGGAGCUGAGGAGUUGCAGUGGCAAGCAUUUCAUCCAAACUAUUAGGGGAGGAUUGGUCAUUAAAGUUUGCAAUUCCAAUGCCAAUGGAAGGACAGUGGCUCGAACAAAGAUUUUAAACGAUGUAUAUGUCAGUGAAGAUGCCAAAAGACUACAAAAGCCUCCUUCAGGUUCGAUGUUGGAUUAUAAACCAGUGAAACUCGAACGUCCGUGUUCUAUGUUGGCUACUAGGACAGUAUGUGAAAUAAAAUCUGAACCUAGUGAUGAUGCUCCUAGUGUUGAUGGGGAUUCAGACAGUGAUGUUAGUGAUGCUGUCACAUUGUCACAGCUCAAGAAUAGGUUAUUGACAAAGAGAAAGAAGUCUAUUCCCACUGACGAGAAACCUGUGGAAGAUGGAUCUGAUCUUAAUGAGCCACUUAUCAAUUUGAAAUCAAAGCAUUUAAAGGCCACACGGGCUAAAAGGAGACGCCUGAAUCUAAGUGCUAUUUCAUCUGCAACCAUUAAAGUAGCUGUUAAAUCUGAAGAGAAUUUGGUGUCUGAAGGUUCUAAGCAAGCUGGUGGUGACCUAACUCCACUUAUUCGUGUCAAGCUUGAGGCUCCAGAUGCUGACCAAUUAGGAAGCCACAAUGAAAUUCCUUUUGCCUCAUCUACUGGUCAAAAGGAGGUGGUAAAUCCUGUUCAGAUGACAGUUCUCUCUGAACAUGACAGAGAAGUAUUGUCUAUUGCCAACGGAUAUAAAGAAUGUCAAACUAAUGAGAUUUCUUAUGAUCAUUUGGAGGAUAUUGAACCUAUUUCCAUUAAGAAUGAAGGGAACGUCAGUUUGGGAACUCUGGAAUCUGAAUGCAAGAAGUCGCUGGGUGCUGCACUAACAGAAAUCGCAAAGCCAAAAGAGAAUCCAGAUUCAUGUUCUCCAGUAGCUUUUUUUUCUGAUAAUACAGAUGCAGAUGUGUCUUGUCAUUCUAGUAGUUCUUCGGUUAUUGAAGAUAUGCCUGAUGAAUGUAGUUCUAGUUUCCAGGUCCCUGAUAUGCCUAUUGAUCAUUGCAUCACACCUCCUCGGGGAUAUAACUCAGUCCUAUUUGAGGGUGAAGCGGAUGCACAUCCUCUCUCUGAGCUAAAUGAUUCCCUGAGUAGCCCUGGAAAGAACCAUGGCUCCAAACCAGGUUCCAUUGCAACCUCAACUACUAAGGAAAAUCCCAUUUCCAUGGAUACUGUUGAUGAGGAGAGGCUUUCAACAUCUUCCUUUGAUACUGUUUUGAGGAAUGACUUAGAUUCAGAAGGUCAAACUGAAGAUGAGUUAUUGAAACCUCUGGACAAGAAGAAUUCAGAAUAUUCAGUAACUUGUACAGAAAAUGAGUAUUCUUUAGAUGACAGAACUUGUGAUAAUGCUGAAACAAUUUCAAAACCAGAGCAACACAAGUUUCCUGAAAGACUCUUUUCCACCCAUAAGGCCUUGUCUCCAUCUUCUCAAGAGCGAUUGUGCUUGGUGAUGAAUUCUGUUGAAAUCGGGAGUGAUGCUGAUCAAAGUAUUAAUUAUGGAUGCAAGGAGAAGUUCUUUGAAAAUCAGACUGGAAAGAAGCCUUCAUCUCUGAGACUAGAGGUUCGGGACGAAAAAAAAAAUGUGAAUCAAAGAUUACCUGGACGGGUUAGCCAGCGGAAAUUCGUUAUAUGUCCCAGAAACAUCAGAAAGAGAUCACUGAUACCCAAAGGCAACCUUGAGGGACCUCGUUUCUUACGUACUUUACCGAACCUCAGUACCGGCUGCACCUCUGUUCAAGGUUGUUCGGAAAGUGCUGUUGCAUUCUCACAGAGACAGAUGCAUGACAUGGAGUCUGUUGCACUAAAACUGAUGAAUGAGUUGAAGUCGAUGAAAGACAUUGUGGAACAAAAAUUGCUUUUUGAAGCAUACCGCAAUGCUUCCUUAAAAAAUGAUGCAGAUGAGGUAAAAUCAGCCAUUGAUAAUGCUGUAAAAGCUGAAGAAAGGGCUAAAAAGUGGAUGUCUAUGAUGGCCAGAGACUGCAACAGAUUUUGUAAAAUAAUGAAAAUGACGGCAGACAGCACACCAUCUUCAAAAGAUAGUUUCCCGAAGGUGGAGAGGAAGAUCAUGUUUGCUGAUGAAGCUGGUGGGAAGCUAUGUCAUGUUAGAUUUUUUAAUGGCAGCACUGCCUCUCCAGCUUCUGAUGCUGUGGAACAAUGAGGCUAUCUAAUGCUUUCUGGUAUGCUUCCUUCUUAUACUUAGCAUAUGCUCGGUUUGAGAGAGAGAUUUGGUGAUUUUGUAUUCCUUAGUAUUGCUGCUGAAGAUCAUUCAUAUUCAUGUUAUUCAAGUUUCUUUGUAGCAUAAAUACAUUCUUACCAUGGUAAAUAUGGGAGAAAUGGUCAGGACUUGUAUUAUAGCCU